CAGUUCACUUCACAUCAUGGCAUUUGUUUCUUUCCCCACUUCCUUUGUCCUCUCCUUCCUUCUCCUCACUGCCACCGCCGAUGUCACCCUCCCAACCUACCCUCCUCCACCCCAAGCCCCUCAUCCUCCUCCACCACCCCACCACCACCACCACCACCACCAUCAUCACCCCCCUGCUCCAGCACCCACACACCCUCCACUCAAACCCCCGUCCCACCCCCCCGUUAAACCCCCGUCACACCCGCCAGUGAAGCCGCCGGCUCACCCUCCCGUUAAGCCCCCGUCACACCCUCCCGUUAAGCCCCCGUCACACCCUCCCGUUAAGCCUCCGUCACAUCCUCCCGUCAAGCCUCCGUCACACCCACCAGUUAAGCCUCCGUCACACCCUCCCGUUAAGCCCCCAUCACACCCACCAAUGAGGAAGAUGGUGGCUAUUCAGGGCGUAGUCUUCUGCAAAUCCUGCAAAUAUAGGGGAAUCGAUACUCUCGUCGGUGCGACUGCUCUUUCCGGUGCUGUGGUGAAGCUGGAAUGCAACAACACAAGGAAGACGCUAGUGGAGCACAAGACGACCGACAAGAACGGCUACUUCCUCUUCAUGCCGCAGAAGCUGACCACAUCUGGCUCCCACAAAUGCAAGGUCUCCCUCGUCUCAUCCCCCUCGCCGACCUGCACACACCCCACCAACCUCCACGGCGGCGCUGUCGGCGCUAUCCUAAUGCGCAAGCCGCCGCUCCAAACCCCCCCCAAGCCCUUGCCGUUUGAGCUCUUCACCGUCGGACCAUUCGCUUUUGAAGCUGCCAAGAAAAUGCCAUGUCACUACUAGAAACCUUUUUCAUUAAUUAUGUUACUCCCCUCUUUUAUUAGUACGUCGUCGUUUCCUUCCUCGUUACCACAUCAUGCUUGUUCUUCCUUGUACGUGUACUAGUAUAACCAAGCAUUUGCACUUGGAAUUGGAUGUGGAUGGGCUACGCCUAAGCUAAUUAAGUUUGAUUUUGCCAGUA